UGCAUAUGUAGCUAUCCUACAAAUUUUAUUGAUUCCCAUUACUUGUUUGAGGCUAAAUUUCAACAGUUGCAGAGGAAAAUCUCCCUGAAAAAAAAAAAAAAAAAAAAAAAAACAGAAGAAGAAAGUAAAAGAGAGAUGGAAAAACAAGGGUGGAGAUGCAGAAAACUGGUGCUAGUUCCAUGUCCAUUCCAAGGACACAUAAAUCCGAUGCUUCAGCUAGGCACCAUCCUUCACUCCAAAGGUUUCUCUAUCACAGUUGCUCAUGCCCAAUUCAAUUCUCCUCAAACUUCCAAUCAUCCUGAUUUCAUCUUCCAAUCCCUACCAGAUGGCAUAUCAUCCAAACCUGACAUCCCUCGUGAUUUUUUAGCUUUCAUGUCAAGUCUUAACUUGAACUGUAGAGCCCCAUUCCAGGAAUUUCUAAGUCAGAUGAUAGGAAAACAGGAGCAGCAAGACGAACUCCCCUGCAUAAUUUAUGAUGCACUCAUGUACUUUACAGAAGCAGUGUCUAGUCACCUGAAGCUACCAAGCAUCAUCUUACAAACUGGUAGUGUUACCACUAUGCUGACGUACUUUGCAUAUCCUCGACUCCAAGAGGAAGGUUACAUUCCCCCACAAGAUUCCAACUCAACAGAGUUAGUGCCUGGGCUUCAUCUCCUCAGACUCAAGGAUCUACCAUCAAACACUUUCGAUGAUUUAGAUCCCACUCUGCAACUAAUAGCUAUACUGAGCAAUAUAGGAUCAUCUUCAGCCAUCGUUUGGAAUAGUAUGGACUGCCUUGAACAAUCAUCAUUAGCACAAUAUCAACAACAAUUCCGAGUUCCAAAUUUGUCAAUAGGUCCUAUGCACAAAAUUGCUUCGGCGUCCUCUAGUAGCUUACUGGAAGAGGACAGCAGUUGCAUCUCAUGGCUUAACAAGCAAGGUCACAACUCAGUUAUAUAUGUAAGUUUUGGAAGCAUAGCAUCCGUGGAUGCCAAAGACCUAACAGAAAUGGCUUGGGGCCUAGCCAACAGCAAGCAACCUUUCCUGUGGGUGAUUAGGCCAGAUCCUGAUAAUGGAGCAGAACCUACUGAUUGGUUGCCUGAUGAAUUUAAAGAGACUGUGGGAGAAAGAGGCUACAUAGUGAAAUGGGCACCACAACAAGAAGUAUUGGCACAUGGUGCUGUGGGAGGAUUUUGGAGCCACUGUGGUUGGAAUUCAACCAUUGAAAGUAUAAGUGAAGGGGUUCCAAUGAUUUGUAGGCCAUGUUUUGGGGAUCAAAAGGUGAACACAAGGUACAUCAGCCAUGUAUGGAGAAAUGGGUUUGAAUUGGAGAAUGAUUUGGAAAGAGGGAAGAUAGAGAGAGCGAUAAAGAGACUGAUGGUGGAAAAAGAAGGGGAGGAGAUGAGGCAGAAGGCAGCAGAAUUGAAAGAAAAAACUGAAGUUAGUAUCAAGAAAGGUGGAUCUUCUAAUAAUUCCUUGAAUGAAUUAGUAGAGCUUAUAACGUCAAUUUAAUGCCAAUUGCCAUCAAAACUAGUGUCUUCAGGCAUCCUAGCCUCAUGAAUGGCCAAAAAUCUUACUGUCAUUAUUAUCUUGUUAAUAUGUUUAUUUAUUUAAAGAAUAAUUCA